UGACAAGAGGGGAAAGGUGGAGUACUGAUGGAGGCAGAGCUCGGCCUUUCGUGGGCGGAAACAGUUCUCCAGCCAGGUAGGCGUCCUUAACUCACGUUAUCAACCCCUGUCCGCAACUGAACAGGUUUUCCCUAUUGACGCAGUGCUUCCAACUGCGUCCAACUGGAGGGAUUUUGGAGAAGUUAAUGUUUGUCUUCCUACAUUUCAGUGAUGUUUCAGUACUUCCUCAAAAUGUGCCUCAGAACUACGCGGAGGACGAACAAAGGGCACAUUCCUGGGCCCGCUCCAGACGCUCGGCACCAGCAUUGGCGCUCAGGGAUUCUUGGGCACCCGAAGCAGGGCCGGCCUGCGCUCGCCGCCUCAGGCAGGCGCUCGCUCACGCUGCUCACCCGGCUCGGAGCGGCCGCAGGGACAGUACCUGCUCAGGCGGCCGGCCGCUGGCAGCUGAGGUUCCGCACUCACGGCCCGGGACCGACAGCCGCCCGAGCCCCGCGUCCCCGCCGGCGGAAGUAACGGCGCGGGAGCUCCCGCCCCCACGCCCGCCUAGGCUCCCUCUCCGCGCUGCCGCCUCUCCCCCUCGCGCGCUCCGUCAGCCACCCCCUCUCCCUUCCCGUCUCCUUCCUGUCCUGCACCUGAGCUCACGCACCUGCCCCGCCCUGCUCCGCUCCCGCCUCCCUCCUUCCCCUCCCGCCCGGCUCCGCCCCGGCCGGAAGGGUCCGGCCUCGGCCGCGGGAGCCUCGCGGCUGCGUCACCGCCGCGCCUCCCAGACAAGAUGGACACCGCCGAGGAAGGAUGGCAGUGCUUCCUGUGGGGCCAGGUAUGCGGGCUCCAUGGUGGCUGAUCUGCAUGACACACUGGUCUGCGGAGAGAUCUUCCUGUACCCAGCCACCCAGAAAAAUCCUAAGGGCAAGAGAGCAAGAGGAACCAUGGCCAGGAUGGUGUUAUACUUCAGUGACCUGAUCUCCACCUUCCACACACGUGAUGAACACCUCUAUUAUGUUCAGCAUGCCAUGAUUAUAGCCUUGGUGAGACCAGCCUCAACAAGUUAAUCUCUGCUAUAAAUUCCCACCAGCACCAACCGUUAUCUAAGGGGACCCUCUGGACAGUAUCAAAUGUUACCAACUUUGCCGUAUAGCUUCCCGUGUGUUGCCGUCCACUGGGACCAUAAUGCACUUAAACCAACAUCAACUGAUGGAGCAGCUGAGGCUAUUGCCAAGCUGAGGACAGUCAGGAGGAGCGAAGGAUGCAUAUUUCAAAAACCUAGGAAAGAAACCGAGUAUCUGAUUAGACCAGCCUUUCUAACAAGCCACCCUACUUCCUUCUGAGAUGUUAGAACCACUAAAGUGGAGUAAAAACACUUAACGCAUCCUCCCAAGUAUUUACACAGGUCUGGGGAAGCAAUCAAGAUGUGGGUCAUGCACCAGACGUGCUUCCGGUUACCCGCUCUGCGACCCGCCAGCCACUUCCAUAUGCUGAUGCCCUGGCCGCAGGUAGCAACAGUCCCGCACCCCGCGAUGAGGGGCUCAGGAGGCUGAGUGCAACGCGGCCUGGCCCGGGGACCGCCCUUCCUGGGAUCCCCACCCUCCACCGCCAAGACCGAUGGCAGCGCAGGCUCUCGGGGUAGCCUCGCCCGGCCAGGCCCUGGCGGGGAUUGGGGCGCUCACCUUUGGUGGCCGCAGGUGCUCAGGGUCAGCAGGCAGGUUCGGGUCCCGGGUCUCUGUGGCAGUGGCCCGAAGGUCUCCAUUUAAGGUCCGGAAUUCGGCCCAACGACCACGCCCCACAGCCGGACCGCGUGGCGAUUGGAUGGGCCGGCCUGUGGGCGGUGCCACCGAAGCUGGGUCGCAGGCGCACGUGGGGACCUGAUUAAUGCUGACCCCCAAGCUUGUCCGGAGGCAGGUGGACCUGCCUCAGCGGACCUGAGGCGGGGAGGACAGCUUGGGCCCAUUGACACUGGGGAGGAGGGUCCCGCGCUUCCCUGGGUGCACCAGUGGUAUACCCAGUUCGCCUGCUGGGUGGCAGUUCAGAGAGAAGCUUCCAGCGCGACUCCAGUGGGUUUUCUGUGUCACCCCGUGCCCUCCUUUACCGGAGUUUUUUGUUAUGGUCCCGGGAGGGCUGAAACCACCGUCAUCUAGUCUAGGGGUUUCUGUUCCUCAGGAACAGGUGGGGGAGAGUGCAGAGCCCCCGGCAGAGGUGCUUUCACUGUUUCAGAAUGGGGUGCGGCGGGUUGUGGAGGAAUGUGGGGUGGGGUGGGGUGGCAUCCCCCAGUACCCGGUCCGUGACAAGGCCAAAAGCCGCGGAAGGAAAGGGGCUGGGCUGGGUGGUGCCUAGGGAAGGCCGGCAUUUUAUGAUGCUCCCUGCCUGUCAGAGAUCCUUCAUGCUUCUCAAGUCUUUCUCCAAUCAACAGAAACGAGUUAUUUAUAGAAAAAAAUAUAUAAAUGGAGAAAAGGGGGAUAGUAGAAACUGCUUUUCCUGCCAACUGUGUUAAUGAUAUUCUAUCUUCCUCUGAGUCCAAUGAGCUUUUCCUGUGAUUUAUGUUAAUUGCUUUAAUGACUUACUUCAAUGACUUUUUUCUUUAAUCUGUAUUUAAUGUGAGUAUUUAAAUGACAGCUUAUGAAAACGUUUUAAAUGGAGGAGAAUAUAUUCAUGUAUUAAUUUAUAUAAUUAAGACUUUAAGGAACAUGAAUCAGAAAUGUGUAAGUUCACUUUAAUGUUAGGUAAAAAUAUACUCAUUGUAGAAAAUACUUCAUAGAAAAAAAUCAUCAAUACCCAAGUGACUUCCCACAUAUAUAUAUAUGUAUAUAUAUAUAUAUUUGAAUUCUUUUUAUAAAAAUGGAAUCAUAGUUCAUGUGGACUUGUAAGCUAAUUUCCACUUAGCAUGAAACUGAAAACCUUCUAGAAGCACAAUGAAAUUCAUGUAUUUUUACUGUGUUAAUAUGUACAAAACAUUAAAGUACCAUUUUUAUGUGUACAAUUCAAGGGCAUUAAGUAAAUUUACAUUGUCCUGCAAAUAUCAAUACCAUCAGUUUCCAGAAAUCUUUCAUCUCCCCAUACUGAAAUCCAUUAAAAACAGCACUCCAGUCCUCCCUACCACCAGCCCCCGGCCCCCACCAUUCUCCUUUCUGUCACUAUGAACCUGACACGUCUAAGUUCCUCACAUAAGGGGCAUCAGCUGCCCUUUGGGGCCUCUGUUUCAUGUUACAUCAUGUCUUCUAGGUCCAUCCAUGUGGUGUGGCCUGUGUCAUAACUUCUUCUUUAAAGGUGAGUCAUAUUCAUUGUAUGAAGGAGCUAUGUUUGGUUUCUCCAGUUCUCCAUGGAUGGAUAUAUGGGCACUUGGCUAAUUUUGAUAAUGCUGCUGUUGAACAAAUGUUUGAGAUUCUGUUUUCCUUGUUUUUGGCAUAGAGUUGUGAAAUUGUGGAAUACAAAAGUAGAAGUGCUGGAGAGGGUAAUUCUAGGUUUAAUUUUGUCUAUGUUUUUCAAAAUGACUGCACCAUUUCACAUUUCUAUAAGCAUUGCACAGGUUUUUGACCUGACAUGUUUUGCAAAUACAUAUUUUUUAAUUUUGUGAGUUGCCUUUUCAUUAAGUUAAUAGUGUCCUUUCAUGAAAAAAUUUUUAUUUUUGAUAAAGUCCAAUAUCUAUUCUGUAUUUGUUGGCUGUUCUUUCUGUACCACACCCAAAACACCACUGCAAAAUAAAAUUCAGUAUCAUGAAGCUCUUCCCUUCUGUUUUCAUAUAAACUUUUAUAGAUUUCUCUCACGUGUUUUAUUUUGAUCCAUUUAAUAUUAAUUUUUACAUGUAGUGCAGACUAGCAUUUCUUAAGGAACAACCAAUAUGUCCCUUUCCCAACAGUUUUCUCAGGUGAGGGAACUAUUUUAAAGUCUAAGAUUGUUAGAGUAGGCGGUUAGAUAGACAUGGGCAGGAGGGGAGAAGAGGACAGCAGGCAGCCUCCAACCGCAUUCCCUGCUGUGACCGCCCUGUCUCCCUUAGACCGCUUUUGCAGUUCAGCACAAACUGAUAAGCAAGAGAUAAGAGUUACAGGGAUCUUCCUGAUUUUACAGCCCAUGCACUUAAGGAUGGCCUUGUCAUUAAUGGCAUUAGGCCAUCAUAAUGUCACUAUUACAUCAUGUACAUCAUGGUUCUGGUCCCACCAUGGGUUUCUCUAGGACAAUCAGGAGAAUGUGGAACACAAACUUGCAUAGAGGCUGAAGGGGAGGAACAAGACAAUCUGAAAGAUAGUAAGAGAAUGACAAAAUGGGAGGGAGGAAUCCAAAUAACCUCCCAUAAAAAACACAGUGUAAAACCCAGGGAGUGGCUACCCACCCUCAGGUAAGCCACUCCCCUGUCUCUGGAGCUUACUUUCCUUUUGCUUUGGCUAAAUAAAACUCCCCUGCGGCUUUAAUUCUCCAUCUUGUCUCUCCACUGAAUUUUUCCAUUGGAGACAAGAAAGGAAGGAUUCCACAGUCCAUUGCCAAGGAACAAGAUGACUGCAGUCAUCCUGAUUUUACAGAAAAUGGGUCCUGAAGCUCACUGAUAAAAGUCAAUAAGUUUAUGGCAAGCAUCCUGCAGCAGUAGGUACAGGGAGAAGCCCUUGUGGCCUUCUCCCCACAUUCCUCCUUCCCACCAGAGUCUAUAAUCCAUAACCUCUCUUUGGAGACCAGAGCAUCUUCUCUGCAAAUCUGACCUGCGCAUUUAGCCAUCAGCCUGACUUCUCCGCCUACGUGGGAGAACACCUCAGGACACUGUAUGCUGCUCAUAGAAAAAUGGAUUUUUAAAGACAUGGUUGUUUUGCUUGCUUCCUUCGGUCAGAAUGUGUUGUCUACUGAACUCUUUCUUACGUACCACUUGAUCUGGCUGUGUUCAACAGCAGUGAUCCCAGAGAAAGACUAGAUUCCUUAUUCAGAGGGUGAGAAGGGAGAGGACACACAGGUCAUGGGACAUAACAAACAUAAAUCACUGGAGUGGAGUUACUAACUUAGUAAAAUUUCCAAACUGUAUGUGGAGAAGUUUUCCUUGAUUUGUUCUUUUUAUUUUCUUUUAUAGGGAAUCUAGGAUGCUUGAUUAUACAAUUCUCUUUCUUUUUUGUGUUCUCAAAAAUUUUAAAGAAUUUAUGUGUGUCUUUAGAACUGGUGAAUAAAUGAACCUCACUGUUGUUACUAUC